AUGGACUCUGUCAUGUGUCCCUGCACGGCGUGCUUCGCCGCGACGCGAGGGUAUCCCGCGGUUGUCGGACCGCAACAGCACGCCAAUCGCCACUACUACCUCCGACCCAACCUGGACUUUUUCCGAGGUAAGAAGGGCAGGAUGUUCGGUCGGCUGCGGCGGGUCCGCACCAUCGAGAGCACAACGUCGACCCUGGUCGGCCUGACCGCCCACGCGCAGCCCAUGGCUGUUUUGGACAGAGAAGGAGUAGACGAAAAGAAGUCUUCCGACACUUUGUGCGGCACUGAGAUCUUUGAGGGGUGCGAUAAAGGAGAGGAGGAGGAAGAGGAGGAUGAGGAUGGGGCAGACUACUGGGCAGGCGGGGACGAGGAAGGGCAAGGGGAAGAAGAUGACGAGGAGGAGUACGAGCAGGACGGCUCCGGCCUGCCACGGGCGGCGCGACACGUCUGGCUGAGCGACGAGGAACGGCUCCGCGUCGCGUUCAGGCGGGCCCGGGCCAGCGCCGAGAAGGUCGACCUCGACCGGUCCCCCUUCUUUCCCCGGACGGUGGCCGAGUACGUCGGUCUCAAGGCGGACAUGCUGGCGGCCAGGGCCGCCCGGCUGCGAGCCAAGGUGAGGGAGAGGGAGAGGAUGCUACGGGCGCGGACAACGGCCCGGUGGAAGAGACUGUUUGUGGUCGGCCGUUCGGGGGAGAUCGAAGAGGUGAUGGUCCCGGUCUAUUUCGGGGACAGGGAGGAGCGGGAGGGCGCCGUGCCGGCCAGGGCCAGGCCUCGUUCGACUGCCGAGGACGGGAAGCCGGCUUCCCAUCAGAGUCGAGCACGCACUGGCCAGGCCAAUGCGGGCUGCCCCCGGAUUCCAAAGAACCUUAGCCCUGGACCAACGAGCACCCCUGGCAUCUUCGCUUACUCGGCAGCCCCCGAUGUGGUCGCACCCCGAGGGAGGGAUUUCGCAAUCUGGGAAGCCAUUCACCUCCAGAAAGUUGACGAGGAAAACCCGGGGCGUUCGGGUGACGCAGCUUAUCCCGCUAUCAAACCCAAAGGCACCGACAGCUUCUCCCCCGGCUCCUUGUUGCCCGCGGGUCCUAUCGGCGCAGCCACCGGACAUGGACGCACCAGCUCGGCCACCAUCCUCAGAGAGGUUGCCGCGCAUGCCGCCUCCCGUCGCGGCAACCCCGAGGGUAGUAGUGUUCAGAUCCAAGCUGAUGACGGGCUAAAGACCCAGUCCUCCCCGUUCGAAGACGACGUCUACGACUCUGACUCUUCCUUCACCCCGAGUGACUACCGACCCGGGCUCAGACACGCCACGAGCGUGAUGAGCCGAGCUGGGAUGGAGAGCUCAGACGAGGUCGGGAGCAGUUCCGGCUCUUCGAACGGCUCUACUCCGACGGGUUAUGUGACGUACCUAACAGCUUUGGUCGAGACUGAGGUAGACAUGAGGUCUGAAAUCGAGCCGAGGUCCAAGACGGACGAACACCACCUCGGGGACAUAGGCAGCGGCCAGGACGAGAUCCGGGAGGGACCAGACGGCUCGAGUUCCCCCUGUUUCGCUCUCAAUAACACUCUCGCCCACAAGCUUCAGGUGCAUAAGACGCCGAGCGGCAAGGUGGGAAGCAGGCAGGCCGAGGAAAUGGAGGGCGAACCCGGACAUUUGGACAAUGGCUCAGUCCAAACCCACAACAUGCGAGAUCAUGUCAAGGGGACCAAGAACAACAACAAUAACAACACCAAGACAAGAGAGCAGCACGCCCUGCUUGGGGACGACGACACCUACGACACCGACGAUCUCGUAGACACACACCGGCACGAAGCAGCAGGCCUCCCCGUCCCCGCCGCGCACUCGCGCCGCACGGAACUCUUCCCUCCACUACCGCCGCCGCCGCCGAUGGUACCCCAGCUAGCGACCCUCGCGCUCAGCGCGCGCGACGGCCUCACCGCCGUGUUUGCCCGCCGCGGCAACCCUUUCUCCCCGGCGCCGCCGGAAUGCGACUGGCCCGGCGUCGCGGAGCUCACGGCCGAGGGCGACGGCCGCGUCAAGCGCUGGGAUCCGAACUGCUACCGCCGCCGCCGCAGACGCCAUCAUGACCAUCAUGACCAUCAUGACCACCACGAUUUACUCUCCUCCUCCACCACCACCACCACCACCAACAACAACACCAUCCCCCGCCAAAGUGACCCGGGGCUCGGCCGCUUCCUGCCGGUCCCGCGCCUGCGAGACGUCGUCGACCCGCGGCUGGGCCCGGGAGCAGCAGCGACAGCAGCAGCAGCAUUAGCGGCGGCGGCGGCGGCGGCGGCGAGAGACACCCAGACGCACCCGGAACACCAGGCACACCAGGCGUACCAGGCGGCGGCGGUGCUGCCGUGGGAGGUGAGGGCCAUGGCCGGGGAGCGGCGGUGGGAUCUGCACGGGGAGCGGCGGAUCUGGGAGAUGUGGGGGUGGCCGUUCGACGACGACGACGACGAGGAGGAGGAGGAGGAGGAGGAGGAGAAAAAUGGAGGGUGGGACCACCUUCGCCUCGUCGGGGCCGCUUCUGAUGAUGCUGCUGAUGAUGAUGAUGAUGGGGGUGGGGAUAGGGAGGAGGAGGUGGUGGUGAAUGCUGGUUUUGCGGCUGGGGUUGCGAUGGCGGAGCGCUUGAUCCAGGAUGAUAAUGACGACACCAAUGAUGCUGCCGAGCAGGAGGAUAGCUAG